AUGGUUUUACAGGACAAAUAUAAAGCAAAGGCUUCUCGCGCAUGGAAAUCUUCUAGAGGCUUGAGUACAGCCACGAGACCUAACAGAAGACCCCCACCGCCACCACCAACACUCACUGAUGAAGUAGCAUUCCCAGAGCUUCAGAAGCAGGAUGUCCCCAUUGAUAGUGGAAGUGGAAGUGGAAGUGGGAGUGACACUGGAGACGAUUCUCAGGAUGAAUCCAAUUCCGCGGGUGGAGUUGCAGUUGCAGCUAGCAUUACUAGCAACACCGCUAGGCGAUCACAGCACCCAAAGUUUUCUAGGCGGCGUUUGGUAAAUAACUCUAGUAGAUAUGAUGAGCCAGACGACGAAGGCGAGGAAGGUCAUUCAUCAAAUGAAGAUUACGAUAUGUCCACUUUCAUGACGAAAUCUGCAAAUGUGGAUGAUGAUGUUGGUCAAUAUAGUACACAGAAGGCCGUUAAUAUAGACGAGGGCGAUAUAGAUUAUGACUUAGCAAAUAGGGAUAGGAAUAAUAAUCGGCAGGUACUUCAAAUGGACACACAGAGUACCAAAGAAUUAAGGGAAAUGCAUAAAGACAGAAUCAACGCUGAAGCGGGUUGGAACCUCAAAUCUCGUCUUAGAGGCGAAUCUGGUAGGCAAUACAUUCAGCGAUACGAAUCUUCAAAGAAAACGUCGGAUCAAAGCAACGACAACCACUUUUUCGACAGUAUAAGCAACACUCCGGCUUUGAUAGGAAUCCAAACAAACAAUAAGGACGACAAAGUCAUACCAGAAGCUAACGAAUCGUCAACAGUCGUUCCACAAGGCAUCGCAGAAGAUCAAGAUUUUCUGGAUAAUUUGAUUUAA